UUUUGCUAAAUCGAUAGGAUGCGAAGAUAUCAAGUUAAUUGAUAUUGGGGGGGGUUUUCCUGGAGAAAGUGGAUAUCAAAUCGAUGAGCUUUCAUAUAUAAUUAAUGAUGCGAUCAAAGAAAUAGAUCCUACUAUAAAAAUUAUAAGCGAACCAGGUAGAUACUACGUAACAGCUGCAUUUACUUUGGCUGGCUAUUUACAUUCUAAAAGAACUGUAUUUAAUGGAAAUAGUCUAAUACAGAUGUAUUAUGUUAACUGCGGAGUUUAUAGUGGCUUUAUAGUAGAAUUGUUGAAUUUGAAUUCACGUCUACCGAUCUCUCUGUACAAUCCAGUUUUUGAUAAUAAAUAUCUUUCUACGAUAUGGAGACCGACUUGUGAUUCCUGUGAUUGCAUCAUCAAAGAUGUAUUAUUACCAGAAUUCUAUAUAGGAGAUUGGCUUAUAUGGAAAGAUAUGGGUGCAUAUACAACUUCUAGAAUUUGUGAAUUUAAUGGUUUUCUGCAGCCGAUAGUUCAUUCAUUUAUCAGAAAAAGUCAAUGGAAAGAUUUUUGUGCCAUUACUAGAUGUGACAUAAAUAAUUGAUUAUAUAAGACAGAAUUGAUGAUCUUAAUACAGAUAAAAAAUAUAUUUAAAAUAAAAUAAUAAAAUGUUCCUUGUAUUAGUAACA